CAUUUUAAUAUUUUGCAGGGAGGGCUGUUCAAAGGUUCUUGUGAGCUAGUAAGAGCUUAAAUAUUUGUCUGAAGACCAAAGACACAACAGUGGGAGCAAGUGCACUGUUGUUUAGCUUAGUGCGUGAGCGUGCUGACCGGAGAGCACAGUGAGACGAGCAAUGUUGGGUUUUCGGGGAGCAAGUUUCCAGCAGAAAACACAGGAGCGAAUGGAGCGAGUCUCGCGCCAGCAAGAACUCCCAAAUGCGCAGCGCGACACAUACUGUACAGUAAAUCACCCCUCUGACUCUGCCAUCCCUCUUGACAAUUGAGUCUUGACGACCCGGCGACGAGUACAGUACUCCUCAGCAACAUGCACAAACGACUACCCUUUCAGCAACAGCAGGACGACUCCAGGGUCACCGAAGGUGACUUGUUGGACGAGCAGCAACAGGAAGAUGUAAUUGAACAAUUACGAAGCCAGAAUGAUGCAGCGCAGGGGCAGUAUGAUUCGGUGGCAAAAUAUCUCGGAAUACCUGCCUUGAUAAUGCUACUGGUCAGUGUUCUGACGUCCAAGGACACGACCACGACGCUCUCCUACAUUAUCGCGUUGGGAUCAACAAUAGCCUCUCAAUACCUUUUAUUGCAAUCACGGCUUCGGCCCAGCAUCGGUGUUACUCUGAUACCCUUACCGAUAGCGUUAAUUGCCAUCUGGAGCAGCAACAAACCUAUAGUGACGAUUCUGUAUCUGCCUAUAUCCUUAUGGAUCAACGCCGUACCCUUACUUGUUGUUGGGGCACAGCUGUAUGUGCGUAAAGCGGGACGGGAUAUAGGGCAGCUGAUAGAGCAGAUGGAUAAUGUGCGCUACAAUUACAAAGGAGCUUGAUUGUACAUCGACAUCUUCGAAAAACAACCCCAGUCAGCCGUUUGCGAUGGCCGUUGCGUGAUGUCGG